UCCAGUACUGAUAUUGUACAGCCCCAAUCACCCCUAUUAAACAACAGAGAAAUUCCAUCUCCAUUUCCAUUUCCACUUCCAUUUUCCAAUUGACUCUUCGACAUGUCCAACGCUCAAGUACAGGACUCGAACCCAGAACCACCCCAGCCCACGGCCCGACCAGCCGGCGGCACCGAGCAUAGCUGGUGCAGAGCGGUUCCAAUAGGCACAGGCAUCACAGUACUCGCCCUUCUCCUUUCAAAACCCCCAGAUAUUUCGCUUCUCCAAGAUGCCCUCCACAAGCUCCAGAAUUACCACCCCAUUCUCCGCUCCAAGCUCCACUUCGACUCUCUCACAAACACUUUUUCCUUCCUAACUCCGCCCCUCCCCCACCUCCAAAUCUCAUCUUUCGAUCUUUCAUCAACGUACCAGAUCAUCCCCAACAACCACCGCGAUGACGUCACCCCAUUCCACCUCAUCCUCGAGCACGAACUCAACCAAAACGCCUGGCAAAACAACACGGACGACACUGACUUGUUCUUCGUCACUACUUAUGCACUAAACGAAACGCGAUGGGCCGUCGUUUUCAGGCUGCACACGUCGGUGUGUGACCGUGCGUCGGCCGUGAGUUUGCUGAGGGAAAUGCUGAAGCUGGUGGGAAUGGAAAGGGAGGGAGGAGGGAUAGAGGAGGAAUAUGAUAGAAAGAGUGAGGUUAGUUUAGGAAUAGAGGAUUUUAUUCCGAGUGGGAAGGCGAACAAGCCCUUCUGGGCGCGUGGAUUGGAUGUGCUGGGGUAUUCGUUGAACUCUUUCAGGCAAUCGUAUAUUGAUUUUGUGGACGCCAGUUCGCCCAGAUGUUCGAAGGUGGCGAGAUUGCGGUUGACUUCGGUGGAGACUCAGAGACUUGUUCAGGGUUGCAAUUCAAGAGGUAUCAAACUCUCUGGAGCCUUGGCAGCUGCAGGAUUGAUUGCAGCGCGAUCAUCUAAAUGCCUUUCAAAUCAGCAAAGGGAGAAGUAUGCUGUUGUUACUCUUAUUGAUUGCCGGUCAAUCCUUGAUCCUGUUCUCAGCAGCAAUCAUCUAGGAUUUUAUCACUCUGCCAUUUUGAACACACAUGACGUAGACGGAACUGAAACCCUCUGGGAGCUGGCAACGAGAAUCUGCACAUCCUUUGCCAAUGCUAAGAACAAUAACAAGCACUUUACUGACAUGAGUGAUAUGAACUUUCUUAUGUGCAAAGCCAUUGAGAAUCCUGGAUUAACCCCAUCAUCGACACUGAGAACUGCCUUCAUCUCAGUAUUUGAGGACCCUGUGAUUGAUGAAUCAAACAGAGUACUGCAUCAAGAGAUUGGCCUCGAGGACUACAUUGGCUGCUCUUCGGUUCAUGGCGUUGGCCCGUCCAUUGCCAUAUUUGAUACCUUACGUGAUGGACAGUUGGAUUGCGCUUGUGUUUAUCCUUCACCUGUGCAUUCUGAGGAGCAAAUGCAAAAACUAAUUGAUGAAAUGAAGAUGAUUCUGGUAGAUGGUGGCAACAGCGAGAGUUAAAACUUCGUUUGUGGUCUGAUUGUACUGAUAAUAAAUCCGUUUCAUGAUCUUGGUUUGAUUAUUAAUAAUAAUUCUUGUUCC